AUGCUUGGGCAUACAAAGCAUAUAGCGCACUUUGAGCUUCGUUGUCCGUUUCCGGGGUGUCCGGAGAGAAAUUUGAAGUCGUCAGUAAAGCUGAAGAUGCAUCUCUUCGCAGCGCACGCCCAUCAACUUCCACACUCGGCGAUAUGUGGUAUGAAAUUUGCGGCAAAUGAUGUCAAUGAAACGCACGGUAUCGAACAUGAGAGAAGUGGAGACGACCUUUGUUGCAGCUUGUGCUUAACGAUGAAUCGUUGGACCAAAGAGGAGACGGGAAUUCCAAAAUAUACCCAUGAGUUCAUUCAUGGAAUUAUUCGCAUACUGAGAUGUCAAAUUUGUGGAGAAGAAAUGAAAGGGCCCAACCAGAACAAAGCUUUGCUUCAACAUUGGAAAAGCAAACACAUUGAAUCGAGUUCGAAUGCUUCGACUCUAACGUGCGGGGGCUGUCAAAAGCCAGUGUCUCGCAAGGAAAUCGAGGCUCACCUCAAAAAGCACAUGAUUUUUAUGGUCUUAGCUUCAACUCGAGGACAGAACAAUGCUCCAAUGCUAGUUGUGAAAACUUGUAAUAAAAUGGCAAGAUUGUUAGGAAUUCAGGAUACCAACCCUACUCAACGAUUUUACGAAGAUGAA